GUUCGUGCUGUUAUUUGAUUUUUAUUCCAAUCAGCGUUUUCUGUUAUAUGAAACAUCUCGAUGACGCAGCAUUUUCAUCAUCUUUUCCAUUUACUCAAGUCUCUCACACUCUGACUUCCGUCACCGGCGACUACCGCCCACCGGCGCCUGAUCUCCACCGGAAAACCUCUGUUAAGGUUUUGAAGAGUCAGGUUACAGGUCAUAAUCUGUAUAGCAGAUAGUUUUAAAAUGGGGCGAUUAAAGAUGCAACCUGGAAUUAAUGCAAUCGAAGAAGAACCCGAAGAUAACGAGAAUACUAUUUCCGAGAGGGAUAAAGCUGCUUUGGGAUGCAUGAUUAACUCCGAAAUCGGUGCCGUGUUAGCCGUCAUGAGAAGAAACGUAAGAUGGGGCGGCCGUUACACGUCAGCCGAUGAUCAGCUGGAGCACACCCUCAUCCAAUCUCUCAAGUCAUUACGUAGAAAAAUAUUCUCCUGGCAGCAUGAAUGGCAUACGAUGAAUCCUGUUGUUUAUCUACAACCGUUUUUGGACGUAAUUCAAUCUGACGAAACUGGUGCACCAAUUACAGGUGUCGCGUUGUCAUCGGUUUAUAAGAUCUUGACCCUUGAUGUACUUGAUCAGAACACUGUUAACGUUGAGGUUGCCAUGCACUUGGUUGUCGAUGCUGUGACAAGCUGCAGGUUUGAGGUCACUGAUCCGGCAUCCGAAGAAGUUGUCCUCAUGAAGAUCCUACAAGUUCUACUCGCUUGUAUGAAAAGUAAAGCGUCGGUUAUGUUGAGUAAUCAACACGUUUGCACCGUAUUUAACACGUGUUUCCGUGUAGUUCAUCAGGCGGGAACAAAAGGUGAGCUGUUGCAGCGAAUGUCUCGCCAUAUGAUUCAUGAACUCGUGAGGUGUAUUUUUUCACAUCUUCCCGAAGCAGUCGGGAGUUUUGGGGUUACGCAACUUGACAACGGAAAUGAUAAUGUUUCAUAUGAUUUAAGUUUAAUGACGGAACCGUAUGGGGUGCCGUGCAUGGUACAAAUAUUUCAUUUCUUAUGUCAGUUGUUAAAUUCCGUUGAACACAUGGCAAUAGAUUAUGAUGAAGACGUGCCCCUUUACGCGUUAGGUUUGAUCAAUUCAGCAAUCGAAUUGGGUGGGACCGCCAUACGUCUUCAUCCCCGCUUAUUAAGUUUAAUCCAAGAUGAUCUGUUUCGUAAUCUGAUGCAAUUUGGAUUAUCAACAAGCCCUCUUAUUCUUUCAACAACAUGCAGCAUUGUUCUAAACCUGUAUCAACAUUUGCGUACCGAACUCAAACUACAACUCGAAGCAUUCUUUUCGUGUGUUAUUUUACGUCUCGCACAAAGCAGAUACGGAGCUUCUUAUCAGCAGCAAGAGGUUGCUAUGGAGGCUCUCGUUGACUUUUGUAGACUCAAGUCUUUCAUGGUGGAAAUGUACGCCAACUUAGAUUGCGAUAUAACAUGUAGCAAUAUAUUCGAAGAACUUUCUAGCUUGUUGUCGAAAAGUGCGUUCCCCGUAAACUGUCCGUUAUCCGCAACGCAUCUUCUUGCGUUAGACGGUUUAAUCGCUGUUAUUAAGGGUAUGGCUGAGAGAAUAAGCAAUGCUUCGGUUAGUUCUGAAUUGGCUCUGGUAAACCUUGAAGAGUAUGCGCCUUUUUGGAUGGUUAAGUGUGAUGACUAUACCGAUCCUGAUCAUUGGGUCCCGUUUGUACGCAGAAGAAAAUACAUAAAAAAGCGGCUCGUGAUUGGAGCCGAUCAUUUUAACAGAGAUCCGAAAAAAGGGCUCGAGUUUCUUCAAGGAACACAUCUUUUACCUGCGAAACUCGAUCCUGAAAGUGUGGCUUGCUUUUUCCGGUACACUGCAGGCUUAGAUAAGAAUCUUGUCGGGGAUUUUUUGGGUAAUCAUGACGAGUUUUGCGUUCAAGUUCUUCAUGAAUUUGCCGGAACUUUCGAUUUCCAAGAUAUGAAUCUGGAUACCGCGUUGCGACUCUUUUUAGAGACGUUUCGGCUGCCUGGAGAAUCGCAAAAAAUACAGAGAGUUCUCGAGGCGUUUUCUGAACGAUACUACGAGCAAUCACCACACAUUCUUGCUAACAAAGAUGCUGCUCUUUUGUUAUCGUAUUCUUUAAUUAUGCUUAACACGGAUCAGCAUAAUGUUCAAGUUAAGAAGAAGAUGACAGAAGAGGAUUUCAUAAGAAAUAACCGUCACAUUAACGGUGGUAAUGAUCUCCCUCGUGAGUUCUUAUCCGAGCUCUAUGAUUCAAUCUGCAAAAAUGAAAUACGAACAAUCCCUGAUCAAAGUGUAGCUUUUCCCGAAAUGAAUCCUAGCCGUUGGAUUGAUUUGAUGCACAAGUCGAAGAAAACUGCUCCGUUCAUUGUGUCUGAUUCCAACAGUCACCUUGACCGUGAUAUGUUUGCUUUAAUGUCGGGCCCGACAAUUGCUGCGAUAUCUGUUGUGUUUGACCAUGCUGAGCGGGAAGAUGUGUUCCAGACGUGUAUCGAUGGGUUCUUAUCGGUUGCGAAAAUCUCUGCCUGUCAUUGUCUUGAAGACGUUUUGGAUGAUUUGGUUGUUUCUCUCUGCAAGUUCACCACCCUAUUGAAUCCGUCAUCUGCUGAGGAACCGGUUCUAGCGUUCGGUGAUGAUGCAAAAGCCAGGAUGGCAACUAUAACGGUUUUCACCAUCGCCAAUAGGUACGGUGACUUCAUACGGGCCGGCUGGAGGAACAUUCUCGAUUGUAUCUUGAAGCUGCACAAGCUUGGUCUUCUUCCCGCUCGCGUUGCUAGUGACGCAGCUGACGAUUCUGAGCUUUUAUCCGAACCUGGCCAUGGGAAGUCUUUAACAAACUCUUUAUCCAACGCUCACAUGCCAGCUGUCACUACUCCAAGGAGGUCUUCGGGCCUAAUGGGCCGGUUCAGUCAACUCUUAUCUCUCGACUCAGAAGAACCGCAACUGCAACCCACCGAGCUACAACUUGCUGCUCAUCAACGUACUCUUCAAACAAUUCAAAAAUGUCAUAUCGAUAGUAUUUUCACCGAGAGCAAGUUUCUUCAAGCGGAUUCGUUAAUACACCUUGCUCGCGCAAUCGUUUGGGCCGGGAGACCACAAAAGGGUAAUAGUGGGAAUAGUUCCCCUGAAGAUGAAGAUACUGCGGUUUUCUGUCUAGAAUUGUUAAUUGCGGUCACGUUAAACAAUAGGGACAGGAUAGUAAUUCUUUGGCAGGGUGUUUACGAACAUAUUGCCAACAUUGUCCAUGCAACCGUGAUGCCGUGUGCGCUUGUUGAGAAAGCGGUUUUCGGUCUUCUAAGAAUCUGUCAACGGCUUCUUCCUUACAAAGAGAAUUUGGCAGAUGACCUUUUGAGGUCGUUGCAGCUUGUGCUGAAGCUUGAUGCCAGGGUGGCGGAUGCGUAUUGCGAGCAAAUAACUCAGGAAGUGAGCCGAUUAGUGAAGGCAAACGCUUCUCACGUUCGGUCCCAAAUGGGGUGGAGGACGAUUACGUCGUUACUUUCCAACACCGCGCGAGACCCAGAAGCUUCCGAAGUGGGAUUCGAUGCACUUACGUUCAUCAUGUCCGACGGGAUCAACUUAAUGCCAGCUAACUUUAUGGUAUGUGUGGAUGCAGCAAGACAGUUUGCUGAGUCACGUGUCGCACAUGCUGACCGGUCCAUUCGUGCACUUGACCUUAUGUCGGGGUCCAUUACAUGUCUAACUCAGUGGGCCCAAGAGGCCCGGGAAGCUGCGGGGGAGGCAGAAGCUGCGAAAACUUGUCAGGAUAUAGGGGAAAUGUGGCUGAGACUCGUGCAAGGCUUACGAAAAGUUUGUUUGGAUCAGAGAGAAGACGUUAGGAACCACGCUCUUUUAUCACUGGAAAUGUGUUUGACCGGGGUUGACCAGGUCAACAUCCAGCAUGGAUUUUGGUUACAGUGUUUUGAUAUGGUCAUCUUUACGGUUCUUGAUGACUUACUGGAAAUCUCCCAAGGACACUCGCAAAAAGACUUUAGAAACAUGGAAGGAACCCUUGUUUUGGCGUUAAAGCUUCUUUCGAAAGUAUUUCUACAUCUCCUUCCCGAGCUUUCGCAAGUGACUACCUUUUGUAAACUAUGGUUGGGCGUUCUUACUCGGAUGGAAAAAUACAUUAAGGUUAAAAUCAGAGGUAAAAAGAGCGAAAAGCUUCAAGAACUAGUUCCCGAGCUUCUAAAAAACACACUGAUUGUUAUGAAAAAUAAAGGCGUGCUGGUUCAAAGAAGUGCGCUCGGUGGAGAUAGCUUAUGGGAACUCACUUGGCUUCAUGUAAAUAACAUUUCUCCAUCUAUCCAAUCAGAAGUUUUCCCAGAUCAAGAUUAUGAACAAAAACAAGAGCUUUCGGAUGAAAAUGAAGCAGGUGCACAAGCUUGAGGCCCGCCUGCUUCAUUUUCAUUCAUUAUUGUAUUUUCCGGUCUAUAUGUAUGUAACAAAACUCAGUUGCUUGGUUUUAAAAAGCAUGAUCUCACACCUCAAGCCUGAGGUCGGAUGAAGCGGUAUAGUCUAGUUUGCUUUUACUUCCUUUUAGUGAGGUAUAGAGGCUUUCACUAAGAUUGAGGCAAUUAGGUUUAGUUCCUUAAUUGAUGUUCAUAAUGACUGAAGAUUGAAAGUAGUUACUUUCCAGAUGACAAAGGAUUGAGAUUUGAAGUCACUGUCUUUAUGACUACAGUAAAAACUGUGAUUCUGUGUGCCAGUUGAAAAAUAGUUAAAAAGGCUUUUAACA